GACAGAAGAAGAAGAAGAACACUACCGGAAUUCUACAAGAAGAAGAAGACGACUACCGUUCAUAUGUCACCGACCUAAACACCGGAGCAGUCAGCGGAGAGGAGACGUUAGCCGGGUCCAAACAACGGCAGAAACCUCCCCCGAGCAGUAUUAGUCUGCUGCUCAGACAUGGACCGACACCGGAAACAGCUGGAGGAGGUUUUAAAACCGGAGACGAAGCCGCGAGGAGAAGCUUUACCUUCAGAUGUCCAGAAAGUGAUUGUUGGUGAAGAACAUCAGCAGGAGUGGAGCUCCAGUCUGGACCAGGAGGACCCAAAGCCCCCCCACAUUAAAGAAGAACAGGAGGAACUUCGGAUCAGUCAGGACGAAGAGCAGCUUCAAGGGCCGGAGGAGGCUGAUAUCACCAAGUUCCCAUUCACUCCUGUCCCUGUGAAGAGUGAGGAUGAUGAAGAUAAACAUCAGUUCUCACAGCGUACUCGGAGGCAAACUGAACAGAUGGAAACAGAAGCUGAUGGAGAGGACUCUGAAGGACCAGAACCAGCCAUGAACUCCGAUCCAGAUACACAUUCACAACCAGAUACUGAUGACGAGCCUGGAGACUCUUCUGAACCUGAGAUUGAUACCAGUGCUGAUUGGAAAGAGACCGGAGAACCUCCGUCAGGUUUGAACGCUAUGAAUAAUGAUGAAGUCCUUGUCAGUGAUUCAAGAUGUACUACUGGUGAGAAAGAGCAUGAGAAAAGAUUUGGCACCAGUGGACAUGGAAAGAGACCAUUUAGCUGCUCCGUCUGUAAGAAAGCUUUUAAACAGAGUGGACAUUUACAGAAACACAUGAGAACCCACACAGGAGAGAAGCCAUUUAGCUGCUCAGUCUGUGAGAAAGCGUUUACACUGAGCGAAUAUUUACAGGCACACAUGAGAAUCCACACAGGAGAAAAGCAGUUUAGCUGCUCGGUCUGUAAGAAAGCUUUUACAGUGAGUGGAAAUUUACGGGCCCACAUGAGAAUCCACACAGGCGAGAAACCGUUUAGCUGCGCAUUCUGUGAGAAGGCUUUCACAGAGAGUGGGCAUUUACAGGCACACAUGAGAAUCCACACCGGAGAGAAACCAUUUAGCUGCUCCGUCUGUCAGAAAUCUUUUAGAGUGAGUGGAAGUUUACGGAUACACAUGAGGGUCCACACAGGAGAGAGACCAUUUAGCUGCUCCAUCUGUAUGAAAUCUUUUACAGUGAGUGGAAGCUUACAGAAACACAUGAGAACACACACAGGAGAGAGACCAUUUAGCUGCUCACUCUGUAAGAAAGCUUUCACAGAGAGAGGACAUUUACAGCAACACAUGAGAACCCACAUAAGAGAUACCAUUUAGCUGUGUGAAGUGGAGCUCUAGUCUGGAAGGAGAGCAUAGAACCUCAGUCAGGUUUAAACACUCUAAAAAUGAAUGAAAUUUCUUAAGGUUAUAUGACAUGUAAUACUCUGUGGGUCCUUUUUAAAAGUCUGAAAUCCGAUAAUUAGAAUUGUAGGCUUUAAAAUGUCUUAAGUAUGAUUUUGAUAGGUCAAAAAAAAAAAAAUGUAUUGGACUAUGAAGUUAAUGUAACUGUUGAUAUCCAUGGAAUGCCAAAGAUUACCUUGUUCAUUUUUGCAACAAACAGCUAAUCCAUGCAACCCCAGCCCUCUUCAAAAUUGCAGUCCCAACUCAGUCUCCCUUACGUGUGAAGUGCUGUGACAACACCAUCUCUAUAAAAGCAACAACUGCUAUUAGUCUUGGCUCCAUCUCUACUCCAGAAGGAGAAUAAACAACUUCAUUGCAUCUCUUAGCAGGGGUCCAGAUCAUCUCUACUGAAAGUAGCCCAACACAGAAACUCUUCUCUAGCAGAUGAUGCGAGUGCCUGCUUGGCGUAAACCAGUUAGCAUCCCCAACAUGGACAACAUCUACCAGCUAACCUGAAGAAAGAUUGGGAUGCAGCCCAACAUUGACUGCGUCAUUUGACCUCCAAGUCUGGCUUUCACCGGACCAAGCUCAAUCUUCUAAGAUUAAACAUUAGUCUGGGGGGAGUCUGCUCUGUAUUUUCUACUGCACAAGAUCAACGGGAAUAGUUCAAAUGAUUCUGUACGCAGUUGGAUAGUCCUUCAACCAAUCACACCAACGAUCCGGGUGACGUUAACGGCGACAGCGGCAUCAACGUGCGGCUGCGCUUCGGUGCCCGCCGUGCUGAAUGUAAACAAAAAAGCUGCUUGGUCGCUUCUCCAUCGUCAUUGUGGUAAACCCGCCAAUAAUAGCGCAGCAGGUGGAUAAGCCAGUUUGUGAUUGGUCCCCCGCAGAUUAGUAAUGGAAGCAGGAUAGAUAAUUGUACAUGUUUCCAGUCUGAGCACCAGGGUGAAAUCAAAUCACUGGCGGAUCGGGCUGGGUUUACCCGGUCUAUUCACCCAGCCCGGCUUCCCCACAAUGAUGGAGCUGCCAGCGAACAGAGGAGUUCUUUCUGUGGUAAUGGGACCAACUGGGCUAGCAGUAGAAUAGCAACAGCGGCUAAGCAAAGCUGUCAACUGUUUACCUUCUGUUAAUGUACAUGUAUUGAUUUGAUUUAAUGCCAUCCAGGCCUACUGUAUAUUGUUUGUUUGUUUUAGUCAAGUUAUUGGGUAGCCAAACUGCUAAGUUGUUAGUUUAGGCUUCACACCGACACUCUUGCACCUCCUCUUUGUGUCUCUCACACAAGUACUCCUUGUGUGUCUGUUUUUAAUUCUAUUUUACAACUGUCAGCUGGUCGAAAUGGCAGCGUCGGAGGCUCAACGGGCGCCCACAGGCCCGCGGCAACGGUACGUGGACGAGCGGGGUAGUGCACUAGCUACUGAAGAGAGCCAAGUGGCAUUAAAACAAAGCAGAGAAUCAAAGAUUCUGCAACUGUAUCGAGCAUCUCAUUAUCACCAGCCAUAUCCCCAUUCAUAUUUAGACGCAACAAAUGCUAUAUAUCCAUCUACAAAAUAACCGGAAAAGUCAAACGUUAGACAGAAGUACAAAGAGUUAAUAGCUUUAUCAAUAAUUGUUGAUCAUUUGGCAGAAUAAAUUAUCUUUGUUGGAGAAACGCUCAAUCUUGUGUCAAAUUUCACUAUGGUUCUUGGGUUAUACUGUAUGCAAGCCAAACUACACAGCGAAAUGACACUGAUUAAACCAAUCUACAGUGCAGUCACAGUAAUUAGUGUAAUUAAAUGGCAUUCUUUGGACAACUUGUAUAGAGAGAGGAAUUAGAGUAUGCUAUUACUUUAUCACACCUUUACAUGAGCAGACAGACGGCAUUUAAGUCAUUGCUUACAGAAGAACUCAUCAGGAGCAAAGUCUGGCCUAAGUAAAUUCCCCCCCCAUACAGCUUUGAUGCGUCUAAAAGCCAACAUUACAGUCGUCACUUUUGUUGAACAGAGUAGAAAUGGAAGAAGAGGAUAUGUCCCCCCGUCUUAAAAUCCUAGUGACGUCCCUGUGUACAACUAAAACCAGACGCACACAUCCUUUUCGUCCUUUAGCUUAGAUCUUUUAGUUAAGAUGUUUUUUUUAAUUUAUUUUUUACUUUUUCUUUUAUUCAUUUUGGGAAUAAAUGUUCUGGAAUAUACAUGUUGUCUAUGUAACUUAGAACAAAAGGGAAUUCUGCCUAACAAGUACUCUGAAGAAAAAAAAAAAAAAAAAAUAUAUAUAUAUAUAUAUAUAUAUAUAUAUAUAUAUAAAAACCCACAAAUGUUGAACAGGUGGUUGCCAAAAGGGGAAACCAGAGUCCACAAGACUGUUGCCAAUUGACUCAAGGGUAACCUUUACAAUCCAGCCCUGACAUUUAAAUGCGCUUUGCCGUUAAAUACAUGCUUUAUUUGAAUCCAGUAUGUCCAAAUCUUAAUGCUGAAUAAACGACUUCCUCUUGUGUGCACUUCCCUUUUUGAAAGUCUUCACAUGUAUUGAUUUCUGUAUCCUGUGGUAGUGUCUCCCUUUGAUAUCUGUGUCCCACUUCCUCUGCCACGAAUCAACACUGUGCGCGCAGCAGGUCUCCUAACUCGUGUUGAAUUAAACUUAUUGCAUUUCCAAAGUUAA